AAGUAGUGCAAAAGUAAUUGUUGCCACGCACUGAACCCAACUCGUUGAUAACCGUCGGCCGUUGGGGAGCUCGGGGCUCGCGAUUACGAGAUCCAGACGGACAGCCAGCUAACAGCCUAACAACCCGUCUAACUAGUUGAUUUUGGGGCACUUAAUCCGCGACGCCCAGGCUCGGCUGGCACUUCGCCCGAGUAAAGUCAGGCGACUCCACCGCUGACCAGUGCCAGUUCUCAUUGGAACGGCCUUCCGAGCGGUACGGCCAGCGGUACGAACUCCACUAUCCUAUAACCGUACUCCCCCGAAUCCUGCAGGAUGCUGAGCCAGCUGCGCCUGCUGUUCCCAGCCUUGCUAGUGGGUGUGCUCCUGCUGGUGGGAGAGAUCUCAGCAGGUGAUCCUGUGCCCCAGGAUGUGGCCGUUGGACGGGAGAAACGCGGCACCGUCACCCUGGACCUUGGCCUUCUCCUGCGCAACCUGCUCCUGAAGAGCGCCCAGUUGUCAUCGGCCAAGGCCAGUCUGGUGAAGACCACCCGUCGUCCUCGAACGACCACCACGACGACACCACCACCACCACCACCUCCUCCUCCGCCACGCAGCAGGAGACCCAUCUGGCAUCCGUUCUUCAGUUCUGGCUACCUGCCCUUAGACUACGAUGCGGACUACGUUGAUCCUCCAGCGCCACGUCCUCCUGCGCCGCCUCCACCACCACCACCACCACCACCACCCACUGCGCAGCCGCCCAGACGCCCAGUUCGUCCGCCAUUACGACCACGUAUGCGUCCAACGCCGCCACCACCACCCCCGCCUCCGCCGAACUAUGACUACGACUAUGACUACGAUGCCCCUCCCCCAGCCCCCACUGAGGCACCACCUCCUCCUCCACCACCACCGCCGCCCGCUGCUCCGACACGCCCAAGGCCACAACCACAACCCAACCAGCAGAGGCGUCCGGCGCAGCUGGGGGAUCGCCUUAUCUAUCAGUACGCACAACCUACUGAUACCUUCUUUAGGUCGCGAGCCGUGGGGGAGGCGGCGGAAGUCCCGGACAGCGGAGACAUAGACGAUUCAGAUGCGGAUACGGAAACGGGUACGAGGACGGGUGCAGGUGCUACUGAUCCAGCUGUGUCCAAAUCGCCUGCUCCAACGGCACCCCGAUUUUUGGUCAACUAUGAGAGCGAUAGCGAUUUUGGGCCACCGCCGACCGGACAGCAGGGUCAGGAUCACAAUCAGGAUCCACCUGGCGCAUCCGGAUUCCCGGCAUCACCAUCACCCCCAGGCUAUUUCUCGCCCCUCGAACUCGGCGGCCUCAAUCUCAAUCGCUUCCCGAUUCCCAUCCAGCAGCAGUACUUCUACAACUAAGCGUGUGUGCUUACAAUUGGUUGCAAACUAGUAAUAUAAGUAAGCUUUUUUUUUACCCAAUUUGCAUAGUGGUAAAUUAUCAUUAAAAUAAAGUAAAAUUAAGGUUUCUGAAUAAUGGUAUUGUUGGAGGGAGUAAUGGUAAAGCUACGAUUACUAUAGAGCCGUUACCCACAGAAUUUACAUUUUGAGAAUGUUUGGCCUUGCUAUAAGUACUCUUUUAUCAAACAAUAACAAGGUAAAA